AUGGCUCAGAAGUUCACCACCAACCAAUAUCUCGAGCACGAUGCUCGAUGGGAUGCUGUCGAUGCAUACGCAAACAAGCACCUUCUUCACCCUUCCCGCAACAAGUUCCAUCAGGCUCUCGAGUUUGCAUACAAGAACUCCAUCGACAAAGGACUGCCCGACAUCGCAUCAUAUCCUGCCCAAGGCAAGAUGUUGGCCAUUCAAGCUCAGAUUGCCGGGGCCAAGAAUGUUCUUGAGGUUGGCACCUUGGGUGGCUACGCAGCUAUCUGGAUAGCCGGCGCGCUUCCUGAUGAUGCUAAAGUGACCAGCAUCGAACUCGAUCCUCAUCACAAGCAGGUCGCCGAGGAAAACAUUGCCAAUGCUGGCCUUAGUGAUAAGGUCACCAUUGAACUAGGCCCCGCCAUAGACGUGAUUCCAAGGCUUACCCAAGAGAUCCAGAACGGCGAGCGAGACAAAUUCGACUUUGUUUUCAUCGAUGCUGACAAAGAGAACAACCUCGCCUAUUUUGAACUCGCUUUACAGGCUGUCCGUUCCAGAACCCCCAUUUUCGUCGACAACGUGGUUAGGAGGGGAAUGGUUGCUGAUGAAGAACUUGCAAGGAAAGAUUCACGUGUGGCUGGGAUCAGGAAUCUCAUUGAGUCCGUUGGUGCAAAUGAAAAGGUCGAGGCCGUGGUGGUCCAGACCGUCUCGGAGAAGAACUACGACGGCUUUUUGUUGGCCGUAGUGAAAUGAUUGCUUUGGUUUCAUUUCUGGAGUUCUCCGACCAUCAAGACUCGUCUGGAGCAACUUUGGACUUUCCUCUCCCUUUCAGGAGCCUUCGCAAUACAUGCCACACAAUGAGCCAGAUGUGCUGCCUGCUUCCGAUCCCGUUCCCCGGCGAAGGGUUUCAGACUGUCCUUGACGCUUGAGGAACUUAUAUGGGACAUUAUAUUCACAUUCAGAUGACAUCGAAUAAUGGGGCGUCUGCCGCUUUUACAAUGCUAUAAGCUACCUAGUAUUGUCAAGUUCAUG